GGCAGAGCAGCUGAAGCGGCAGACAAAGACACGGAGAGCAGCGCGAUCCUGCAGCAUCCACGCCCACCCACACACACUCACACAGCAGCAGCAGAGCACUGUACCACUGACCCAUAAUUCCUCAGUACAAGACCUCCUUCACCACCACUAUGGAUGCCCAAUCUGAACACGUUGCCAUGGAGCUGGACUUCGGCCAUUUUGAUGAGCGGGACAAGGCGUCUCGGACCUCACGAGGUGGACGGCCCAACGGCCUCCCCAGCCCCACUCACAGCGCUCACUGCAGUUUCUACCGUACACGCACCCUCCAGGCUCUGACCAAUGAGAAGAAGGCUAAGAAGGUCCGGUUCUACCGCAACGGCGACCGCUACUUUAAGGGCAUCGUGUAUGCAGUGGCCAGUGACCGUUUCCGCACAUUUGAUGCGCUUCUGGCUGACCUGACCCGCUCUCUGUCUGACCACAUCAACCUGCCACAGGGGGUCAGAUACAUCUUCACCAUUGAUGGAUCACUAAAGAUCACCAAUCUGGAUGAGCUCGAGGAAGGUGAGAGCUACGUUUGUGCCUCCGAGAACUACUACAAGAAAGUGGACUACACCAAAAACGUGAACCCCAACUGGUCGGUCAACGUGAAAGCAUCAGCCAGCCAGAAGAACAUGCUAGCCAACCGCUCCGCCAGCGAGGCGAGGGAGACCAAGGACUUUGUUCGACCCAAGCUGGUGACAGUGAUGAGGAGCGGGGUGAAGCCGAGGAAGGCUGUCCGUGUGCUGCUCAAUAAGAAGACGGCACACUCUUUCGAGCAGGUGCUCACUGACAUCACAGAGGCCAUCAAACUCGAGAGCGGAGCCGUGAAAAGGAUCUACACGCUGGAUGGCAAACAGGUGACUUGCUUGCAAGAUUUCUUUGGUGAUGACGACGUUUUCAUUGCCUGUGGACCAGAAAAAUUCCGCUAUGCACAAGAUGACUUCUCUCUGGAUGAAAACGAGUGUCGGGUAAUGAAGACCCCUAAAGGACAGAGGGGCUCCAAGAGUCCCGGCCCAAUGCGACGCUGCAAGUCUCCGGCUGAUUCCACUAACGGAACCGGCUCCAGUAGUCAGCUCUCUACGCCCAUCUCUAAGCAGUCGCCCAUCUCGACCCCGACUAGCCCUGGCAGCACUCGCAAACAGAAGGAUCUAUACUUGCCUCUGUCUCUGGAAGAUGAAGAUUCACAGGGGGAGUCCAUGUAGACCCUUUCCGCCCCGCACGCCAGUAACAGAGGCAUCUCCGGUGCUAUCUGUCUUGGAAACAUCAACAUCGCCGCCCUAGUUGCCAUGCAGGGUGAAUGCACGCAUCACCUUUGCAGGCCUCGAAGCUUUUCAGCGAUGGUCAGUGCACUAUUUGCUGCUUGAGAAUUUGUUGCAUCCAUUUUCUGUGUUUUGAUAAUAGAUUUGUAGUGAGCGAUGAAAAUGUUAAGUAUAUGCGGGGCAUAUGCUGCACUUUUCACUUGUAUUAUAACAACAAACACCCAAAUUUGUACAUGUGGUCUGCUGUGGGAAUUCAUUUUAUAUAUAUGAGAAAUUUGAGAAACUUAAGUGUUAACACACAGCAGGUCGGUUUAGCUCUUUAAACAUCCAACCAUCAUUUUUUAAACCAAUAGUUUUGACUUUUUCAUACUGACUUUUUUAAAAGCUUGGUCUUAUGAAUUUCAAGCAGCAAAUAGUCAUUUUUACAAGGGUGUAAUAGUCUGACUUGUACAAGACAAAAAAGACAACAACAAAAAAAUCGUAAAAGGGAAAAAAGAGAAAAAAAACUGGUUGCACCAUUAAUAAUUUUUAUUAAUCUCUUUUUGUAACCCUCUCUCUCUCUCUCUCUCUCUGUGCAAUGGUUUAGUGUGUUUUAAAGCCCAUGAGGUUGAAUAGAGCCCACAGAAAAGUCUCUAUUCCUAUCACUGUAAAUAAUGUGUACAGCCUACUCUAAGACACCAACAUCAAUGUUUUUACAUUGUUGCGAUGACUUAAAAACAGAUAUAAUGUUAAAUGACAAUAGCUCUGAAGGUACUCAUUAAAAAUUGAGAGGGGGGCCAAAAGCCAUAUAACAAGGUCUAUUUGCUUUCAAAAACAAUCACAUUAAGUUUAGGUAAAAAGGUAAAAGUGUUUAGGUAAUAACAGCAGCAGAUUUCUGUUCAAAUGGAUUGGAUUAAAGGAAUGGGAAAUUAAAACCGGUAGGACUUGGAUGUGGGGAACAGACAAUUUAAGCCCUUAUCCACUGAAACUGCAACUCUUAAAUGUCAUUCACAAGAAAAUGCCGAUGCAAGAUUUCAUGCCAUUGUUUGCCAUUUGUGUUAUAUCCAGUUGUGACGCAUCAUGGGAAUUUUCAAUGAAUAAUGAUUUUUUUCUCACACAAAGCUAUUGUAAGUCAUACCUGAACAAUUUUAUGGUGCUUAUUUGAAGCUCCAAAUAGCCUUGUGGUAUGAAAAAGAGAAGCAUGAACAUUCUUCCAAAUGACUACUUUGUCCAAGAUAAAAUGUCAUACAGGUUUAGAGCGACAAAAUGAUGAGCAUUUCCAUUUUUGGAUGACUAUUCCUUUUGAAAUUGAGUUGGAACGUGUCUUUUAAGGUACCGUGUCAUUUUUUUAGAAAGCCAAAGUUAUGUUGAAAAGAGGGAAGCUGAUGAACCUGAACAUUUACAUAUUAAAAAAACCAAAUACAUACGAUAUGAUGAUGGAAUUCAGUGUAUGAUAGCAAAUUGCAUUCAUUUCUCAAUCACAUCAUGUUGGUCAACUCUUUGACAGACGGAAAAAAAACAAAAAAACUAGCACAACAAAACUGCACAAAUCAAGCAAACUCUUUGAUGAUCCUUUUUGAAAUAUAUAAUUUCCAUUUAUGUGUCUCGAGAUGAUUUUUCACCUUCCAUGGUGCCUUUUAUACACCAUCCUCUAUGAAAAACCCGCAAAACAAACAAACAAAAAAAAAAUGAAACCGAAACACUCAUCUGUCAGUUGUUUACUGUAUCUUUAUGAAAUGUUUGAUAUGAAGUGGGGCUCAAACACUAACUAUAACUGUUACUGUAGUAGUUUAUCAGGGUAAUUCUUCAGACAUGGUGCAGAUGCUAUCUUUUCUCCUAUAGUGCUGUAAACACAGUUGCUUGUGUACUGAUAUUUUUGGGCUUGGGGACAUUACAAAAAAAAAAAAAAACGACUCAGACUUCCUCUCUGAUUAUCAUGUACUUCCUGCUGUAUCAUUGUGACUUGUUUUGGUGAUGUCAUUCUGUGUAUUAAACUUCUCUCUUUACUAUUAAAAUGAGACGCUCUUCUGCUCCUG